AUGGCCGGCAGUGGAAGUUUGAUUGGCGGCUCGAAGAGAAGAACAUCAAGCAAACGGCUUGGAUCCGCCCUUAGAGAGCAAAGGGCCAGGCUUUACAUCAUCCGGAGAUGUGUCGUCAUGCUCCUCUGCUGGCAUGAUUAG